ACCAACAAUGGUAAAAAAAUGUUAACUUCAUUGUGAUCAAACGCGCCCCACACACACUCCCCGAACCCCCUCACACGACGCGACUGGGGCCAAAAUGCAACAACGUCCACCCGCCCGCCAGCAGAAAGAGCAACAGCAGCAACCACUACAACAACAACAAAGACAACAACAACAACAACAGCUCCACAUACCACAACGAGUGGCAUAUUAGAAGCAAAAAAAAAGUCAAAGCCAACAAAAGAGGCCAGAGCUUGGAGACCCAGCAAGACGCAUACAACAACAACAACAACAACAACAGCAACAAAAAGUACACCAACAACACGAAAGUGGCGAAAGGUGCACCCACCAGCAGGCAGACAGCAGCAACAGCAACAGCAAGCAGUCGUAACAUUUAAGCGGGCACCGCAUUCGGUUUUGCCUUUCCACGCCGUGUUAGAGCCAACUCCAGAAACAAAUCCAACUCCAGCUUCAGUUCCAACUCCCAUUUGCAGUUCCAGUUCCAAUGCCAGAUAGAGUGCCAUAGAGAUCCUCACUAAGUGCCAAAAUCAACAGCCUAAUCCUGAUCCCUGCGCUUACCUGCCAAAAGCCAGAAGCCAGAAGCCAGAGCCACACAGCUUAGGACGGACACAGCUGCUCAACCGGAGCCGAGAAAACAACGAAGGAAGUUCCUUAGUGCCAUAGAAUGCAGUAAUUGAAGAAGCCACAACGAAGAACAGCAACUGCAGCAGCCGCAAGAACAACCAGAAGCUCAACCGAACACGGAACACCGAUAUCCAAAUCGAAGCAAAUCAACAUAGUGCCUUGAAUCAAUCCGUUGAUAAGUGAUAUUUAUUAUGUUUAUACCCGCAAGGAGCUAUCGAAGCAGCAGCAACAGUGAGAGCCUUAACCAUCGGUCGGGAAUCGAUGAGCAGGCCAAGUCCUAGACAUAGUCCUUCCUCAUCGCAGUGCUACGCAGUCCUAACCCACGAGUGCAAUCCAGAAUCCAGUUCAAAUUAGUGAAGUAAGCCAGGAGCCUUAGCCAGGAGAGACAACCAGGUUGAAUAAUGUCCACAUCCACCGCCACAACGAGCGUCAUCACGUCCAACGAGCUCUCGUUGUCCGCCCACGGGCACGCCCACGCGCACACACACUCCCACACGCACAGCCACGGCCACGGGCACUCGCUGCACCAGCACCCCCACAGUCGGAUCGGAGUGGGCGUCGGAGGAGUCGGCGUAGGAAUCGGUGUAGGAGUGGGAGUGGGAGUCCUUAGUGACGCCUCUCUCUCACCCAUCCAGCAGGGAGGAGGCGGCGGCGGCGGAGGCGCCAACAGUUCACCCCUGGCGCCCAACGGAGUACCCCUGCUGACCACCAUGCACCGCUCCCCGGACAGUCCCCAGCCGGAGCUGGCUACCAUGACGAACGUCAACGUCCUGGACCUGCACACAGACUCCUCGAAGCUGUACGACAAGGAGGCGGUCUUCAUCUACGAGACGCCCAAGGUGGUGAUGCCCGCCGACGGUGCCGCGGACGAUGCUCAUGCCAUCGAUGCACGGAUCGCGGCCCAGCUGGGCACACAGCACGCCCAGCAGCAGCAGCAGCAGCAACAACAACAACAGCAGCAGCAGCAGCAGACGGAGCACCAGCCGCUGGCCAAGAUCGAGUUCGACGAGAACCAGAUCAUCCGCGUCGUGGGACCGAACGGAGAGCAGCAGCAGAUCAUUUCGCGGGAAAUCAUCAACGGGGAGCAUCACAUCUUGUCGCGGAACGAGGCCGGAGAGCACAUCCUCACGCGCAUCGUCAGCGAUCCCUCGAAGCUGAUGCCCAACGACAAUGCGGUGGCCACCGCCAUGUACAACCAGGCCCAGAAAAUGAACAACGACCACCAGGCCGUCUACCAGACCUCGCCCCUGCCCCUGGACGCCUCCGUGCUGCACUACAGCAACGACAACAGCAACGUGAUCAAAACGGAGGCGGACCUCUACGAGGACCACAAGAAGCAUGCGGCCGGCGGGGGCUCCAUCAUCUACACCACCUCCGACCCGAACGGCGUCAAUGUGAACGUGAAACAGCUGCCCCAUUUGGCCGUGCCGCAGAAGCUCGACCCGGACCUCUACCAGACGGACAAGCACAUCGAUCUGAUCUACAACGACGGCAGCAAGACCGUCAUCUACUCCACCACCGACCAGAAGGGCCUCGAGAUCUAUUCGGGCGGCGACAUCGGCAGCCUCGUCUCCGACGGCCAAGUGGUGGUCCAGGCGGGCCUCCCCUAUGCCACCACCACCAGUGCCACAGGCCAGCCCGUCUACAUCGUGGCCGAUGUCAGCGAGGACCAUUUACAAAGUGGAAAGCUCAAUGGCCAGACCACACCCAUCGAUGUCUCGGGCCUAUCGCAGAAUGAGAUCCAAGGCUUUCUGCUCGGCUCCCACCCCUCGUCAUCGGCCUCGGUCAGCACCACUGGCGUUGUCUCCACCACCACAAUCUCGCAGCACCACCAGCAGCAACAGCAGCAGCAGCAACAGCAACAGCAACAACAACAGCAGCAGCAGCAUCCCGGGGACAUUGUGAGUGCCGCAGGCGUGGGGAGUGCAGGCUCCAUUGUCUCGACGGCGGUGCAACAGCAGCAACAGCAACAACAGCAGCAGCAGCAGCAGCUGAUCACCAUCAAAAGAGAGCCGGAGGAUCUGCGCAAGGAUCCGAAGAACGGUAACAUUGCCGGAGCGGCGGCAGCGAACGGCGGCGCGGGUUCGGUCAUAACGCAAAAGAUCUUGCACGUGGAUGCAUCGCCACCAGCCGACGAAGCUGAGAUUAGCGAGAUUAGCCACAGACCCAGCAGCACAACCUGCACGAUCAGUACCACAACCACAACCAGAACCAGAACCACCAGCAGCAGCAGUAGUAGUCCUGCUACCGAACUAGAGAUGUAUGCUACCACGGGCGGCACACAGAUUUACCUACAGACCUCACAUCCCAGCACGGCCAGCGGCGCGGGAGGAGGCGGCGGCGGCGGCGGCGGCGGGGGUGGAUCUGGAGGAGCCGGAUCGCUGCAGGCACAGAGCCCCAGUCCGGGGCCGUACAUAACCGCCAACGACUAUGGGAUGUACACGGCCAGCCGACUGCCGCCCGGCCCCCCGCCCACCACCGCCACCACCUUCAUAGCGGAGCCCUACUACCGCGAGUACUUCGCGCCGGACGGACAGGGCGGCUACGUGCCCGCCUCCACGCGCACCAUCUACGGAGACGUGGACGUUUCGGUGUCUCAGCCGGGCGGAGUGGUCACCUACGAGGGCCGCUUCACCGGCAACGCCCCCCCGCCCACCACAACCACGCUGCUAACGAGCAGCGUCAGCGUGCACCACCAGCAGCAGCAGCAGCAGCAACAGCAACAGCAACAGCCCCAACACCAGCAGCACCUCCACCAACAGCAGCCACAGCAGCAGCAGCAACACCAUCACCCGCAGGACGGCAAGGGCGGCGGCGGGACGCCACUCUAUGCCAAGGCCAUCACGGCGGCGGGACUCACCGUGGAUCUGCCCAGUCCCGACUCGGGCAUCGGCACGGACGCCAUUACGCCGCGGGAUCAGACCAACAUACAGCAGUCCUUCGAUUACACGGAACUGUGCCAGCCGGGCACCCUCAUCGAUGCCAAUGGCAGCAUACCCGUGUCCGUGAACAGCAUCCAGCAGCGGACAGUGGUCCAUGGCAGCCAGAACAGUCCCACCACCUCCCUGGUGGACACGAGCACAAACGGUUCGACGCGUUCGCGGCCCUGGCACGACUUUGGCCGCCAGAACGAUGCCGAUAAAAUACAAAUACCAAAAAUAUUCACAAAUGUUGGCUUCCGAUAUCACCUGGAGAGCCCCAUCAGCUCGUCGCAGAGGCGCGAGGACGAUCGCAUCACCUACAUCAACAAGGGCCAGUUCUACGGGAUCACGCUGGAGUAUGUGCACGAUGCGGAUAAGCCCAUCAAGAACACGACGGUUAAGAGUGUGAUCAUGCUCAUGUUCCGCGAGGAGAAGAGCCCCGAAGAUGAGAUCAAGGCCUGGCAAUUCUGGCACAGUCGCCAGCAUUCCGUAAAGCAAAGAAUCUUGGAUGCAGAUACGAAGAACUCGGUUGGCCUGGUUGGCUGCAUCGAGGAAGUGUCGCACAAUGCCAUCGCCGUUUACUGGAAUCCGCUGGAGAGCUCCGCCAAGAUCAACAUUGCGGUGCAGUGCCUGAGCACGGAUUUCAGCAGUCAAAAAGGAGUCAAGGGCCUGCCGCUGCACGUACAAAUCGACACAUUCGAGGACCCCAGAGAUGCGGCCGUCUUCCACCGGGGCUACUGUCAGAUAAAGGUCUUCUGCGAUAAGGGCGCCGAGCGCAAAACGCGCGAUGAGGAGCGACGGGCCGCCAAGCGGAAGAUGACGGCCACCGGCAGAAAGAAGCUGGAUGAGCUCUACCAUCCGGUGACAGAUCGGUCCGAGUUCUAUGGCAUGCAGGACUUUGCCAAGCCGCCGGUGCUCUUCUCGCCCGCCGAGGACAUGGAGAAGAGCUUCUACGGCCAUGAGACUGACUCGCCGGACCUGAAGGGGGCCUCGCCGUUCCUGCUCCACGGCCAGAAGGUGGCCACGCCGACGCUCAAGUUCCACAAUCACUUUCCGCCCGACAUGCAGACCGAUAAAAAGGAUCACAUACUGGACCAGAACAUUAUGACCAGCACACCCAUGACCGACUUCGGUCCGCCCAUGAAGCGGGGACGCAUGACGCCGCCAACCUCGGAGCGCGUGAUGCUCUACGUGCGGCAGGAGAACGAGGAGGUGUACACCCCGCUGCAUGUGGUUCCCCCCACCACAAUUGGCCUGCUGAAUGCGAUUGAAAACAAAUACAAAAUCUCAACAACGAGCAUAAAUAACAUUUAUCGCACAAACAAGAAGGGGAUUACUGCGAAAAUUGACGAUGAUAUGAUAUCGUUCUACUGCAAUGAGGACAUCUUCUUGCUGGAGGUGCAGCAGAUCGAGGACGAUCUGUACGAUGUGACGCUGACGGAGCUGCCCAACCAGUAGCAGGAGCAUCCACUCACAAUACACAAAAAUAUGGACACAAUUUUUGCCAACAACACACACACACACAAGUUGUUUCAAUAAGCCAUUUUCCAUAGAGCCUAAGCCUAAAUCGUAGUGUAGUUGUAAUGUGGAGCCAGAGCCCAUCCAAGUUGCUACAAAAAUGGAUGGAUAUAUAGAAAUGCUAAUACAAUACAUACAUAACCAUAUAAAUAUACAUAAACAUAUAGACAUAUGCAUAAAAUUCGAUUUAGAUUUAGCAACAAUGAGAUUACUGAAAAUUUUUUGAUCAAAUUUGAAAUUCUCGCUAUGUUUAUAGAUAUUGUAAUAUUGUCUAAGCCCUAAUCAUAAUC